AUGAUCGAGCUUAUUACAAACUGGUUUAAAGAACAUUUAAAAGUUUUAAAAAAAUCAAAAUUCAUUAAACGGUUCAAACAGAACUCCAUCUUAUUGAAAUCUUUUUUAACUGAUCAACUUCAAUUAAAUUUGAUUCCAAUCACUAAAAAAACUUAUCAAGAUCAAAUCAAUCCUGUUUUCCUUAAACACAUUAAACCUAGAUUCAUUGAACUUAAGAAAAAGGUCUUUGAACAUCAAGUUUGGUUUAAAUCAAAAGAAACCAUUCAAGUUUGGUACGAAACUCAUUUGAUCAAGACCUUUCAUCAUCUUAUGGAUGUUUAUGUAAGACCUCAAGUUCAAAAGAUUUUAACCAAAUUAAAUGAAUAUCGAGAAAGAAAACAAACGAAAGUAGAAGUAGAAGAUUUUAAAGAUGAAAAGAAGUCUAAGGAUGAAGAAGUUCAAGAAGAAUCAGUUGGUCAAGAACCGGUUGAAGUUGUGCCAGAGGAAAGUCAACUUGAGGAGCCGGUCGUAGUGGUUGAUGAAGAAGUGAUAGUUGAAGAACCUGUGGUAGUUAUUCAGGAGGAGAUAGUUGAAAAGCCAGCUGUAGUUAUUGAUGAGCAAGAAAUGAUUGAAGAACCUGUUAAAAUCGAUGAAGAGCCCAAGAUCACUGAAGAACCAACUGUAGUCAUUCAAGAAGAAGAUCUCAUCGAAGAACCUGAUGUGAUGAUCCAGGAAGCACAGUCAGAGGUGUUUGAAGAGCCAGAAGUGACGAUCGAAGAACAGUCUACGAUCUUCGAAGCUGAUGUGAUCGACGUACCACCAGUUGUCAGCGAAGAAGAACCCGUGGUGGUUGAAGACUUGCCUGUUGCAGUCAAAGAAUCAGCAGAAACGGUAGAAGAACCAGCGGUAUUAGUCAAGGAAUCACCAGUCCCAGUCAAGGAACAGCCGGUAGUAGCCGAGGAACCACCAGUAUCGAACGAACAGGAAUCUCCAACGGUGAUCGAAGAAGAAACAACAGCGAACGAAAAAGAACAAGCGGUCAAUGAAGAAGAGACAGUUCGAAUUGAUACAGAACCUAGAGUUUCAGACGAUCAGUCGGUGAAGAUAGAUCAUCUUGAAUCGAAUGAAGGAUCAUCGCCUGUAUUGGAAGUGAAACAGAUGACUGAAUCGGAAAAGGAAAAGAAUACUGAAGAUCUACUUGCAGAUGAUCUCGAUGAAUUUCUUGAGUUGAUAAAAGAUGAAGAAGAACAAGAAAAACUAAAACCUACAAAAGAAGAAGAAUCGACUCAAAGAAAGAAAAGAAGAACGACCGAAGAAACCGCCAGUGAUCGGAUCGAAUUAGAAACCUAUCGAGAAGUAGGGUAUUCGAAAAUGAAAGAACUAGAAGAAAUCCAACUAAAGAAACUAAUAGAAUUAAUUAAUUUAAAACGAAACGAAGAGAAUCUAAAAGAGUUGAAUGAAAUCAUCAAUGAAAAAAGAAUUGAAACGAUUCGAAUCGAAAGAGAAAAGUUGAUUAAAAAAUUAAAGAAAUGGUUUGAAAAGAAUGAAAAGGUUGAAUUGAAAUCGAUGGAAUCAAAGUUUGAAGAAAUCGAAUUGAUCAUAAAGAAAUCUAAAGAAAAGUUUAAGUUGAAGGUGAUUGAGAUCGAAUUGAAUAGGAUUAAAGAGUUUGAGAUUGAUCAGUUGAAGGAAGAGAUGAAGGUUUUGGAAACGGUUUGGGUUCCUUUACAGGAUUAUGUGGUUCAGGUUCAGGCUGUGCUUGGACCUGGCUUUACUUGGUUAGAAGAUGUGACCUAUAAAGAUUGGGAAAGUAAGUGA